AAAUGAUUGACUUUGCCCGGACCGUGGCUGACGGAGCCCUGGACCUUCUGUUGAACCACUGCCGCAUGUUGUCUUCAUCACCUACACCUACUUUGGCUCCAUUUCCUUCAUUAUACUUUGUUCAGCGUACUACUCAUAGCCACUGUCUUGAGACGCGCCCUCGUUGCCUGUGGCCAAGACUACCAGCAUGUGCUGAAGACGAAACCGUUGGCUUACGCUUCCCCGGCUUGGUGUUUAUACAGGAGCCAUUCCGAAGACGUGAAAAGAACUGGGAAUACAAAUCGGGCAAGACGCUGCGACAACGCGCCAACAUCAGACACCAUGAGCCACAGCCACAUGUCCAUGGGCUCACUGCCCGCCCUCAGAGACUUCCCACACUUCUACUAUGCAGUAGUGGGUAGUGCUGUUGCCGUCGCUACACUCUUCAAUGUCUACAACUACCUGCUAUAUCGACAAAGAUUAUCCGCAGCAGGACGUGGUGCGCCAACGCCUGCAAAGCCAAAGUCAUGGCUUGCGCUUGGAAACGCGACCACAUAUGCCCUGACCCGAGAGGCAUCCAGUUAUUCGAUACAUAUACCCCUCAAAGGCCGGACCAUUAUAUUGCCCACCGUCGGUCGAACCUCGCUGAUCUUGGCAAACGUAGUUGUCCUUGUCGUGCUGUGUCUCUAUGGGCUAGAUCUGCAGGAUGUACUCAACCGGGAGAGCGUCGGCUUUCGAUGUGGUGUUGUCACAAUCGCACAGUUCCCAAUCAUUGUCCUGCUGGCGGGAAAGAACAACAUCAUCGGCCAUCUCAGUGGGAUAAGCUAUGAGCGACUCAACUGGAUACAUCGGUGGUGUGCUCGCUGUAUGCUCUUGACAGCUACCAUGCACAUGGGCUGGUUCUUCAGUGCGUGGGCUCCUUACGAUUACAUUGGCUACCAGCUUCAGAAUAGCAACAUUGUAUGGAAGGGUCUUGCUGCCUGGUGUGCUUUAUUCUGGAUUGUCUUUAGCUCCAUGUCGCCAAUCCGAGGAUGGAGUUACGAGAUUUUUGUCAUCCAGCACAUCGUCUCCUUUGCGGUUUUCCUGGCGUUCGUCUACCUCCAUAGCCCCCGCGAAAUGCAUGGCUACGUCUGGGCACCAGUUGCCAUUUUCCUGUUUGAUCGCGUCGUCCGAGCUUUGCGGCUCUUGUAUCUCAACGUCUCCUUCUUUCACCCUAAGCAAAGACAGCAAGAAGGCACUAAAGGCUUUUCGACGUGCCAAGCCGAAUUCACACCUCUACCGCAUAACGCAACAAAGAUAGUUGUCCAAAAUCCACCAAUGAGCUGGAAGCCCGGUCAGCAUGUAUACCUAUCCUGUCAAUCAGUUGUGCCUUUACAGAGUCAUCCCUUCACCAUUGCCACGAUACCCGAAGAUGGACGGAUGGAGUUUUAUGUCAAGGCUGAAAAGGGAGGCACCAAGCGCUUCCGCAGCUUUGCUGAAAAGUCAGGUAGUUUAUCUAAAGCAUUAGCAAAGACCAAAUCGGUAACAUUUGAGGGCCCUUAUGGUAUCCUGCGACCACUCCGACAGUUCGACAGUGUUGUUCUUGUGGCAGGCAGUACCGGAAGUACCUUCACUAUGCCAUUACUUCGCGACCUCAUCCGGGGCUGGCAGGAAAACGCCAACCGUAGUACUUUGAAACCCAAGUCGCUCCUCCAGACACCGCUUGGCGCCGUCACACGUCAUAUCCGUUUUGUCUGGGUUGUGAAGAGCAGUGGCCAACUUAACUGGUUUUCCGAACAACUCACCUCCAUCUACGUCGAAUUCCAAACCCUACAAGAAAGACUUCGGGACAUCAAGCUCGAAAUGAGCGUGUACAUUACCUGCGACCCUUCCUUCACUGAAGGCCAAAAAUCUCUCAUCUCAGACAUACUCCCUCCCACUGCAACCUCGUCAUCACGUCAAGACGAAAUCAUACACGGCACCCCGCAUUACAACGACCCCAAAUCUACCUCCCUACCCCCCCAAAACAAGUCCACUACUACCGAGAAACAAGAAAUUCACCAGAUCCGCUCAAACGAAACAACCAGCCUAGAAGUCCAAAACCCAUCCAGCAUGCAAAGCCCAACCGGCCCACCAACCUGCUACUGUCGCGCCGUCAUCUCAGAAAAGGACCCACUCACCCGCAGAACCGCAUGUUGCUGCUCAGCAAACGCGUCAUCACCCCGCAACUCGCAUUCUCGUAAUACGUCUCUGACGAUUACGCAUCCUUCAAUUGCUAUUCUGGCCGGGCGCCCGCAGAUACGCGAUAUCAUUCGCAAAUCACUCGAGCAGGCGUGGGGAGAGAGCGGCGUCGUUGUUUGUGGGCCUCAUGGUUUGGUGAGCGAUGUUAGGCGACAUGUUGUUGCGCUGAGUGAUGAGAGGGCGGUGCAUAAGGGAACGGGGGCGCAGGGGAUUUAUUUGCAUACUGAGAGUUUUGGGUGGUGAGAUGUCGGAGAGAAGUUUGUUACUUGUGGUUUCAGUAUGGUAAUGAUGUUGUCUUGUCUUGGGUGAAAGGAGGUGAAUAUGUUUUUCCUUGGCAGUCCUCUGAAAACGAUACCUCGAGGGUUCUGUGCAGAAAGCGUUGGUACUUUUUGUUCCUAGACUUGCUUUCUCCUUCCCCUGUAUCAUCGGUUAGCUCUCUAGAUAUUACACAUCACUUUCACAGCUACUUGAUCAAAAUCCAUUUGCAAAAUCAUUCAUCGGUGUAACUUCGGGUAUCUGUCAUUGAUCGAAAUAUAGCAAUAAAAUUCGUCUCAAAGGAAAAAAACACAAGGAGAAAUAAGAGACUAGAGUACAAAUGCAGUGCAGUUCAACACUAUUAGUGCAGCUGCAGCAUCGUCCCAAGGAAAA